AUGACGCAUGCAGCCACCGGUGAAAACCAGCAGACAUGCCGUUUGGUGUCAGCGGUCAGACAGGGCCGGGGUUACUUCAACCUCCUCCAGAAGAAGAAGCAGGAACAGGAGGAGGCGCAGCAGAGGGAGCAGAAGAGGAAAGAGGAUUGGCAGCGUGUCCAGCCCAGACCUCCCUGCUCAGAGUCUGACUCUGACAGCGACCCAGGGAGGAAGAAGGCCCAGUCGGCUCGACCUUUCACCCCCAUCCACCGCUCCCUGACUUCCCCUCAGGCCUCUGAGCCACCACAAGGGCCCAUAUUCCGCCAGCUGUGCUGUCUGAACUGGUUGCUGGAGGCCCUGACUCUGGACAGGACUGGGAGAGCUGGACCAGUCACAUCCUGCUGGGAUCUCAAGGACCCUGGCCAAGGAAAAACCACCAUAAAGACCCUGAAUAAAGAGAGAGCCAUAGAGACCAAAUGGGACCAGUUUGUGUCUCUGCAAAAGCCACGUAGAAGAGGCUCCAGGCCAGCCCGCUCCUCCUCUGGUCGUCUGUACCUGUUGAAGGGGUCCUCCCUGAGCGUAGCCUCCUCCUCAGCCUUCACCACCCCUACCCUUCUGGGCAGCCUGUCCUCCCUGGGCCCUGGGAUAGAAGACACUGGAGCUACAUUAACUGGAGCUAUAGUGACUACCAGUGGAACCAGCCAGGAUAGUGCGGAGCUACCAGGAGCAGGAGGGGACUCCGAGACAGAGCUGCCCAUGUCAGAGUACCUUCAGAAGCUGCUCGAUGAAGUCCACCAGAGUGUCACCAAAGACUUAAGUGGUCCAGAGCAGAUUCAUGGCGACGGCACUUUGACUGUCGGAUACCGGCCACCUACCCAACCCACCCCUCAGAGAGGGGACAACACAACGCGCACCAAGACCAAAGACACACCAAGACCCAAAAGUUGUCCUGCCAAGCCUCUGUCAGCCACCAGUGAGUUGAUCAGCAGUAAGAGGUCCAUGCUGUGGGAUAUGAGGAAAGCCUAUGAGGAGAGAGCAGAGGAGCUGGCCCAGAGCUUCAGUGACAGUCUGGACCACAAUGCCAGGAAGAGGCUGGAGAGUGGCAUCCAGAGGUUCCAGGCCCUGUGUCAUGUGACCCACUCUCACCUCAUCCCUCGUCAUGUGACCCCACGGAUCACCGGCGUGAAACCCCCGGAGACAGACUGCAGCAACAACAACAUGUGGCUGUCCUCUCUACUGAGCAAUCUCCCUCCAGAGGUGUCUCAGGACAGAGGGGUGAGCCGAGUUCUGGAGAAACUCAGCCGCUUCGCAGAUGAGCGGACCCCCAAGGUGCGACCCCAUGUCUUCCUGAAGAUGUUGGGGGGUCUACAGCCCUGGGAGCUUUGCCUACCUGACCUCUGUGUUGCCAUUGAGAUAGCCAGGGAGCAUGUUGUCCAGAUGUCCAGAGAGGACUAUGACUCGUGGCUCCUCUCCAGGGUCACUCUUCCACAGCAGCAGGACCACUAACCCGAACACAUAUGAGGUGUACACAUUUUUACUAAUACCAGGAAAAUGUGACGACCACAGAGGAAUGACCCCCCCGCCCCAAAAAAUACGCUCACACAUUUAAAUACACACCCACAGACACACUCACCACCCGUUCAGCCAUUCACCUUCUGUUAAAGGUCCCCACACAAAUCCCUGGGUCGCUCCUCUUUUCAGUUCGCUGCAGCUAGCGACUGGAACGAGCUGCAAAAAUCACUCAAACUGGACUGUUUUAUCUCUUCAUUCAAAGACUCAAUCAUGGACACUCUUACUGACAGUUGUGGCUGC